AUGGUUUUCACCGACAGCGAAGACGAUGACCUGGAUGACUCCCAGGUAAAACAAGAACCUCGCAACGGGACCAAGGUAGUAACAGCGAACCAAGCAGACAGCCAUGGGACAGAUAGCCAUGAAACAAUAUCGUCCACAGUAACCGAAGCAGAAGACUCCGGUGCAUCGUUCGCUGCGAAAACAGCCAACUCCGAAAGGCGGCGCAGUCCCGCUGCAGCCAUCCAUGAGCCCGUCCGGUUGGAUUCCGACGACGAACUGAAUUAUGCGUGGACCGAUGAUGAGAAAUCUAAAAAGAGAGCGGCGGAGGCCAAGAAGCGAGCGAUGAAGUCUGCCCGUAAGGCCAGGGCUAUUGCUAAAGAGAUGGAUGCUCCUCCCCAAGUGCGGACAGGUGGUGCCACAACUGGAGUUGGACGGCAGGCACCGAGGAAACGGAGAAAACUCAAAGAAUACGAUGAAUCUGAUCCAGAUGAAGAUCUCAUGGAAUGGACUACACCGGACUACGUACAAAGCCGGAAAAAGACAUUCGAAGAGCGUACCAGGAGGCUCAAGGCAGGUGGCCUGCAACUACCACCCAGCUACAACGAGGUCUUCUUUUCAGACGACGAAAACCCGCAAAAUUUGAAAGAACGGCCGGACUUUCCCCAAUCCUCUGCAAUCAGGGAAUACAAGGACGUCGAACUGCCAUAUUCUCUUGGUUUGAUUCCGGCUCCCAUCGCACAAUUCCUGCGAGAAUACCAAGUUACGGGCGUGGCCUUCCUACACGAACUUUUUGUGUAUCAGAAGGGAGGGAUCCUGAGUGAUGACAUGGGCUUGGGCAAAACCGUGCAGAUAAUCGCAUUCCUCACUGCUGCAUAUGGCAAAACCGGCGACGAGCGCGACAACAAGAGGAUGAGAAAAAUGAGGCGUGCUGGGCAGGAGUAUCCUCGGACUCUCAUCAUCUGUCCGGGCACGCUGAUGAAUAAUUGGAAAGAUGAAUUCAAACGUUGGGGUUGGUGGCACGUUGAUCUUUAUCAUGGCAAUGCCUCGCACCGACACGAGGUCUUUUUGGAGGCUCAGGCGGGCAUGCUUGAAGUCAUGAUCACCACAUACCAUACCUACCGUGCCAACCGAAGUGAGAUCAACAUGGUGCAAUGGGAUUGCGUUGUGGCAGACGAAUGCCACCAAAUCAAAGACCGAAGAUCGGAUACCGCAAAGGCGAUGAAUGAAGUUAACGCCCUCUGCCGUAUCGGGUUGACAGGAACCGCGAUUCAGAACAAGUACGAGGAGCUUUGGACGCUUCUCAACUGGACGAAUCCUGGCCGGUUUGGUCCAGUUUCUACAUGGAGGACUUCGAUCUGCGAGCCACUUAAAUUGGGCCAGAGCCACGACGCAUCUAACUAUCAGCUUGCAAGGGCCAGGAAAACGGCAAAGAUGCUCGUGAAUAACCUUCUACCGCAGUUCUUUCUGCGACGAACGAAAGCAUUGAUCAAGGAUCAGCUCCCGAAGAAGACUGAUCGUGUAAUCUUUUGUCCGCUCACAGCGAUGCAGGCAAGAGCGUAUCAAAACUUCAUUGAGAGUGACAUCGUGGACCACAUUAAGAACAGCGGGGAGCUGUGUGAUUGCGGAAGUGGGAAGAAAUCGGGCUGGUGUUGUCAUAUGGAAUUGGCCGAUGGAAGCAAGUGGCAAGGCUGGGUCUUCCCUGCAAUCCAUGUCCUCCAAAAGAUAUCAAACCAUCUAGCCGUCUUAAUUCCCCAAGGCGCGGAUUCAUCAGAGAAACAGGCAAAAGACCUGGACAUACUCCAGAUUACGAUGCCCGAGCAGUGGCCUUCAAUCUACCGGACACGAGACAGCAUCAUGCACACUGGAAAUCCCGAAUACUGCGGUAAAUGGCGCGUGCUGAAGAAGCUCCUAAGCUUCUGGCACGACCAAGGCGACAACAAAGUCCUCAUCUUCUCCCACAGCGUCAGACUUCUCCGAAUGCUUCGGGACCUGUUCAUCAGCACGGAGUUCAAUGUCAAAUAUUUGGAUGGAAACAUGCAAUACGACGACCGAUAUGCAGCCGUUCAAGAAUUCAACACCGACCCUACCCAAUUUGUCUUUCUCAUCAGCACACGAGCUGGUGGGGUCGGACUGAACAUCACGUCCGCCAACAAGGUUGUCGUUGUCGAUCCGAACUGGAAUCCGGCAUAUGACUUACAAGCACAAGACCGAGCCUACAGAAUCGGACAAACCAGGGAUGUGGAAGUCUUUCGUCUGGUCAGUCAAGGAACCCUGGAAGAGGUUGUCUAUGCUCGUCAAAUUUAUAAACAACAACAAGCCAAUAUCGGGUACAAUGCAACCUCUGAACGACGAUAUUUUCAGGGUGUCCAAGAUCGCAAAGAUCAGAAAGGAGAGAUCUUCGGACUUCAAAAUCUCUUUGCCUACCAGAACGAGAAUCAGGUGCUGCGAGAAAUUGUGAAUAAGACCAAUAUCGCAGAGUCCAAAGCAGGCGUCCGCGUUGCGGACCUGGAUCCUGAAGAGCAUGACUCUGAUUACAACGAUGACUCGGACGCUAUGAAGGAACAAGGUAUCCUGCCUCGCCCCAUCAAAGGCGAAGAGGACGCAGCCAUAUCUCAGCUCGCAGCAGAGAUCCUUGGAGAACCUCAACCACGGUCCAAAACGCCUUUCGCGCCCGGGAAGAUCGCAGUUGUCAGGAAGCAUGAUCCGAUCCAGGCAAUUCUUUCAUCGGUUGGGGUCUCAUAUACCCACGAAAACAGCGAAGUGAUUGGCUCCUCGAAGGUCGAAGCGCUAUUGUCCAAACGCGCCGAAGAGGCUGCCAGUACCGACAGACACUGGGGCAUGCAGGAGCAGCAGUCCAAAGUUUUCCAGGACGAAUCGCAGACCGAGCCAACCAAUGGCACUGUGUACAUGAACGGACACGAGGUUGACCACGGCAACAUCACACCCAAUGGAGGUAUCCGAUAUAAAUAUCGUCCUCCACAGGCCGUCAUGAAGCGCCAAUUCUGCAGCAUGGCGCGCUGGGCUGGAUAUGGCAAUGAUGUGGUGUCGUUUGCACUGGUCGUGGAGAACUGGACUCAAGCUGAGCGCAGAAAAUGUCUGGAUCGAUUCUACCGUUACCGUCGAGAUGUCCUUGACAGCCUGCUGGACAGUCCGGACAUCAAAAACAAUGAAGCCAAGGCCGAAAGAGGUGUUGGAGUGAGAUUUGAGAUGACUAACGAUCUUCAGGACAACCCAUCCGUCCGGGUGAAAUCAGAAAUGAAGAAAGAAGUCAAAGCUGAGACCUGUGUAAAGCAAGAAAUGAACGCUGAAACGCCUAGCAUGGAGCUCAAGGCCGAGACUUUGGUCAAAGGAGAAGUUAAUACGAAGGCCUCCAUCAAGAUCGAGUCGGAUACCCUUGUGCUUGAUAAUGAAACAGACACCGAGGAGGAGGACGACGAGCUUUGA